AUGAGGACUUUAUCGACGUAUUGGCCGCAGGUGGGGCUUAAAAAUGCGGAUAUCGAGAUGCUUGAGACUGCGCUGGAGACGAAAUUUAGUACUAGCAAUGAUUUCCCGGUGCUUCGGAGCAUUAUAUUCUGUGGAUACAGAGAUUUUGCAGAUCAUAGACGGAAUAUAACCGCCACUUGUGUUAUUUCGAGAACUGGGAGUAGGAAGCCUGGGGAGGAGUUUGAGUUUAAAUGGCAUGGUAAUCUUGGGAAUUAUCAGGAUGAUCCUGGCUUUGCAGAUAGUUUGUUGGAUGAUUCUUCGGAUGAGGAGUGGGAAGAAGGGAAUACUGAUGAAGAUGAAAGUGAAUUUGGUGAGGAAGAUGAUGUUGGAAUAGAAGAAGAUGAUGAAGAACAAGGGGAGGAGGAGGAAGAAUAUGAUAGUGAAUAUUUUGAGUAUUUGGCAUCGGAUGAUGAGUUUUAUGACAAAUGA